AUGUUGGAAGAAGGCAAAUGCUCAGCUGAAGGCAAGGAACUAAAAUCACACAUCCAGGAAGCUCUCGAGAACAAUUGCGCAAAAUGCACUAACGCCCAAAAGUCUGGAACCAAGAAGGUAAUUGGUCAUCUUAUCAACAACGAAAAUGAAUACUGGGAGAAACUCACCGCCAAGUACGACCCCCAACACAAAUAUUCUGUAAAAUACGAAAAGGACCUCAAGACAGUUAGUGCU